AGUCGCCGAAAAUGACGUAUACAACCCCCCGAUUCUGGGCCGGCCCCAUCAAGUAUCUACGCUGGGCGUCUCGCGAGCGUCCCGCCUACUUCUGGUCCGUCGUCAUCGGCGCCACCGGCCCCCUUCAGCUAGCUCUCGUUCCUCCCGUCAGGAGGUGGAUUGGAGAUGAGAACGCGCCUCGGAUUCCCGUGACCUAUCCCGUGCCCGAGGGCCCGAGGAAGCAAUUGACCGGCUACGACGACGAAUAAGACCUUUAUAAAGGAAAAAAACAAGAGGAAGAAUAGGAUUGUACAUAAGCUGGCGUUGGGGUUUUCUUCGCAAAAUGCGGACGAGGCAAAGGAGACACGGAGCCAGAAGAGGUGCGCCGCAAUAGGCAUGCCGGUCUUCCAAGACUUGCGACAAGCUUCUAGCCGAAGCAUUUCAUUUACAUGUACGAAGUACAUAACUAUGCACCUUAUCUACCUAUAGCACGAAUUCUCGAUUCCUCUCUCCGCGCGAAAACGAUCCGGUACCAUGCCAUCCAUCACGACUUUUUGACAGAAUACGACGGGAGAACACCUGCCCAAUAUUUUCCCUCUCUUUAUAUAUCAUAACGAUGACGCCCUCCU